CUUUUCAGGAAUCACAAAGAAGAUUCUUAACCCAGUGACAACCAAACUCAAAGAUGUACAGAGACAUUUAAAAGCACUGCUUCCUCCUGAUGCUGUGUUAGUGGGCCAUUCCUUAGACUUGGAUCUCAGAGCACUGAAAAUGAUACAUCCAUAUGUUAUUGAUACAUCAUUGCUUUAUGUCAGAGAGCAGGGCAGAAGAUUUAAGCUAAAGUUCUUAGCCAAAGCUAUUUUGGGGAAGGAUAUACAGUGUCCAGAUAGGCUUGGUCAUGAUGCCAUAGAAGAUGCUAGAACCACCCUUGAAUUGGCUCGGUAUUUCCUUAAGUAUGGCCCAAGGAAGAUUGCAGAACUAAAUCUGGAGGCACUAGCUAGUCACCAAGAAUUGUUAGCAGCAGGCCAAGAGCUGAGAAAUACAGCAGAAAUAGUUUAUCAGCCAAACACAAGUGUUUUAGAAUGCUUGGACUUAAUGGGUCAGAAGCUCCUUUUCUUGACCCGGGAAGCAGAAACUAGUGAACUUUGUUCUGCCAGAAACUGUCAAACUAUUAAGUGCCUUUCAAAUAAAGAGCAGCAACAGGAAUCAGAAGACAGUGAAAGCAUUCUUCCAAGUCCCAACGAAGAUGACUUUCAACUUACAAAAGUCUACCCAGCAAAACUGUUUCAAAAUGAAAGUGGAAUAAGUAUGUUUUCAGAUAAAGAAGAACAUUUUAUGACCAAAAAACUCUACUAAAAAGUUUUAAAAGGAUGCAUUUAAGGAAGAAGGAAAGUCUGAGAUGCAAGCAGGAAAAAUUUCUAGAGAAAUUGGUGUGCAUGUGCACAAAUUUAAAUAUUGAAUGUAAAAAUAGCAAAAUGAAUCAGCUAAAAAUAAGGGCCACAAAUUACUUUGCUGUUUCCUUCUCUAAGUUUUAAAAUUUUGACUCUAUAAAAGUUCUAUGGAUAAAAUAUACAAAAAAAAUAAAAACAGGUA